GUUAAUGGACUGUUUAGGCUUGUUUCUGAGUAUUUAAAUGAGCAGUUAAAGCAGGGAACCGACGCUGCUGGAGGUUUUUCAGCCAUUGUUUUGCUGGACUUUCUUCUUUCUCUUCGAUAAUAAGGAUAAACCCAACGAUGUGCACAGAAAAGGCAGAUGGGGCGUAAAUUGAAAACUGGAGAGGAUAUCAAGUUGGAGUGGAGAUAAUUCAAAGAAAUUACCCAAAAAGGUGAUUGACAGGUGUACGCUGCCUUUAGCUGUAGCUUUCAUGUCUAUACCAUGAGCUGGAGCUUCCUGACACGUUUGCUGGAGGAAAUCCACAAUCACUCCACAUUUGUGGGCAAGAUCUGGCUCACAGUCCUCCUCGUCUUCCGCAUCGUCCUAACAGCUGUGGGCGGCGAGUCGAUCUACUACGACGAGCAGAGUAAAUUUGUCUGCAAUUCAGGCCAGCCUGGCUGUGAGAACGUCUGCUACGACUCUUUUGCUCCUCUCUCACAUGUCCGCUUUUGGGUCUUCCAAACCAUCCUGGUGGCGACGCCUUCUCUAAUGUACCUUGGCUACGCUGUGAAUAAAAUCGCUCGUGCAGAAGAGCAGGCAGAUAUUGGGGAACCGAGCAGAUUAUCACGAAACAAACUUAAGAAGGCUUAUAUGACCAACAGGAAGCAGCACAGGGGCAUUGAAGAGGCUGAGGAUGACAAUGAGGAAGAUCCAAUGAUCUACGAGUUGAAGGAGGCAGAUGAUGAUGGAGAUCUGGAUGCAAAGGGUGACAGUAGUGAGAGACAAGGGAAAGUAAAGGUUCGCCAUGAUGGUCGGCAGCGAAUAAAAGAAGAUGGACUGAUGCGCAUUUACGUGUUUCAGCUAUUGGCCCGUUCUGUCCUGGAGGUGGCGUUCCUCUGUGGACAGUAUGCGCUGUAUGGAUUUGCUGUACCGGCCAGAUACGUGUGCUCAAACAUACCCUGCCCGCACUCCGUGGACUGCUUUGUGUCACGGCCCACAGAGAAAACAAUCUUCCUCCUCAUCAUGUACGCCGUCUCCGUCCUCUGUCUGGCACUGAAUCUGUGGGAGAUGCUUCACCUGGGCAUAGGCACCAUCUGUGAGAUAAUACGGUCCCGACAAAUGCAGCUGCAUGACGAAGAACUGUACGGACUCACGAAGAGAAACAAAGCAGUUCAUGAGGCAGAGUUAUGUGAAGAUUAUAACAGCUCCCCUUUUACCUGGAAUGAACCGACGGCCCCUCCAGGGUACAACAUCGCCGUCAAACCUCCCUCAAUGUCAAAAGGAAACCACAUCCCACCUCUUCCCAUCACUGAUCUCACCAACGCCAAGAUCACUUGCAGACAAAACCACGUGAACAUCGCUCAGGAGGAGCGUCAGCAGUACAUUAAUAAUGAGGAAAACCAGAGCAGAGAUGGGAGGGGAGAUGGUCAGAGGAGUUCUCAGAAAGACGUUGGCCAGCCUCAGAAGAAGCUGAACGCUAACAACCGGACCUACAGCCAGCUGCAGGGGUACAGUCACACCAAUAAGCCCAGCCAUGAACGUAAACACCAGCAGUCCUCCAGGCAUCCCUCAGGCAAGACCAGAACCAACAGGAGCAGCAGCGGCACGAGCAACAGCAGUAAAUACGGAAUGAUAAAGGGUUCUGAAUGGAUCUGAAAUAAACAGGCCAUUCACACACUGAGACCAGCGGUUAGAACUGAUGCAGCUACAUCACUAGAUAUUGGCUCUAAUGCAACAUUUUGUAACAGUUUUUAUAUAUUAAUGAAUACAGUGUCUCUCCAACUGUAUCAUUUUUGUAUGCUCUUCAGGGAAAAAUAAAAUAUUCAAAAUCUAAAUUCAGUCAAUACUAUUAUCUUUUGGACUAUUUCUCCACUUUUGUUUAUUUACAAUAGACAGCGAAGUAAUAGAAAGAAUAGGCUAGAUCCCAUUACAAAGAAUUAAGCAUCUUUAUGUAAAAUUGUAUAAAAGUAGAAAUACAUGGGAUCUGAAGAAAGGCGAUAUUCAGUUAUGAGUUAAUGGAAAAUUUACAGAAGUUAUUGUUGGUGGAUAAUCAUAUCCCGGGUUUUUUGUGCCAUUUUCAUUUGAUAAGAAAAUCUGUUAGUUUUGGUGGGCAGAGACCUCUAUUGUUAGUGCCUUCAUUGAAGAGCCAAAGAACUGUUUAACUGUGUCUAGGUAGUUUUUUUUCUCUAUAAACUAGUCUCAUUAAAAUGGACAGGACCAGUUUGUGUACAAAUAAUUCUAAUUCUCAGCUAAUGUUUCGAAGUUUGUUUUUCCACUGAGCCAGCUUUAUGUGGAUUCUUUUCCUUAUUCAAAAAGAACAGUUUGGAAAAUAACAUUUUACAAUGUUCUUGGUUUUUUUUUAUUCUUUGGAUUAAGAAAAAUAAAAUUUCUUAUUUAUGUUUUUU